UACCAGGGUUCGUGAACCCACCAAAGUAAAAGAAAAAAAAGCUUUUCCGCAGUCAUCUUUCCCCCAAGUUUUCCCCACGCCGGCGGUCAGAACCAGAGGAGCCCUCCUCGGGCCGGCGCCUCCCCACGCCGACGGUCAGAACCAAGGAGAGGCUCGCCGGCCUCCCCCGCCGCCGCCAUCAAGGCCCGGAAGCAAUCGCCCGCUCAGCCGAUUUACUGGUCCAGGUCACCUCCGCCGCUGUCACGGCGGGCAGGGCUCCCGUCCAGUCUCCGUCAUGGCCGCCGCCACCUCCGACGCUCCCCGGCCACAGAUUGCAGGUUGGGUCGAAAGGUGCUCGAUGAUUCGCUUCAUAGGACUACUGCUGCUCGGAUUGAUUUCGUUGUUACACAGGAAUUUCUCCCCUGGAGCUUUCCAGUUCAGAGAACUGAAUUUGACACUCCAAAUCAUAAUACAACAUUCAACAUUACUACGCAAGGGAACUUCAGAAAAUAUUUUCCUGUCCCUGGUAGAAACAGAACUGAAGAUUACACCCUUCAGGUUAGCCUAUCUACAACUACAGCCAGCAGCUACAACAGCUGAGCGCACAUCACAUGGGCCUAGCCAAGAAUGGCUGACCGAGAGCAGUGUGCACAUCUCUGAGGCCAAACGAGGUGUUGGAGUCGAGGAUUUGACACAAUUUGGAUCGAAUUACUGCUAUCUAUCCAACCGAUCUUUCUCUCCUCGGCUCUUGGUAGUUCGUCCCUGAGAUUGGUUUUCUAUGCCUAAGAAAGUGGAAUGGAGGGAGUAAUGCCUUGAGGUCUUAUUUAUUAUAAUUAUAGUCAAUGUAGUUCCAUUUUCAUAUUGUAGAGAUGAUAUUCGUUGUGUUACCUUGGGCCUGUAGGGUAUGUCAACCGGCUUUACCUAUGGAACACUUAGUUUAUUCCCAGUACUUUAUCAGCAAUCAUUUUUGUUAAAAGUAACUGUAUGCCACCACAGUGGCAAGAGUUAAUUCUCUUAAUAGGAUACUCUUGCAUUGCUAUGAACUUGGCCUCGGAUCAGAUUUUAUUGAACAAUAUUGCAUUUUAUUGUUAGCA